CAGAUUAAAUCUUUGUACACAAUAUCAUUGCAUUAUUUCAGUCAUGCUAUAAUAAGCUCAGAAAAAUAUAUUGUUGAACAAAUUAAGAUAUGGAAUGGAUUGUUUACGGCGAAAUCUAGUCGUUUUUUUGUGGUAGAUAUAUUCAUUCAACAGUUUUAUUUGUCAAAGAUACCUACACAGUAAUAGACGUACUGUCGAAGAAACUCGAUGACAAUUAUUCUUCGAUGAUGUGAUGCAUAUUAUCAUGUAUUUCAUCUAGAUAAGCACAACCUGAACGUUUAUUAUAGCAAUUGCUACGGAAGUUUAAAAAUACUAUUUAAAGUGAACAGACAGACAGACAUAUAUACAUGAUAUUUGAUAGCUGCAAGCACUUUUUAUGUAUGUCUGUAUGAUAAAUGUUAAGUGGACUAAUAUAACAAUAGAAAUGGACCUAUGUGUUUAAUGACAAGUCUUAUGAGACAAACAGAAAAAAACUGACAACAUGAUUGAAUCAAGUGAAAAAGAAACUCGCGCGAUCUUUAUGAACUUUAAGGAAUUGCGAUGCUUAGAAAAGAAAAUGCGGGCUCUGGAUUUAGAAAAAUCUUACAAUAUCAGUUUAAUAAAUCUAGAUCAAAAAGUUGUAAAAGUGAAAUAUAAACGGUUACACGAUAAAGUGUCCAAAAUAAAAUCUCACCUCAGCGUGAAUGAACUGGACGAACUCAAAAAGCUAGAAGAAGAGGGAAAGUUAAAGAUAAAUCUUCCUUCAUCCGAUAUAAAUGUAAAGAUAAUUGCAGCUGAAAAGAGACUAAAACUAAUGCCAAGAGCUAAAAGUGCUGUACCACGGUUACAGUCCAGUCGAACAGAAGCAGAAAAGAAAAAUAUGGAUUUAAUUCUUAAAACACCAAGAUCAGCACGACGUUUUCGAACUCCAUCGGCAACGCCACGUACCCCUGAGGCAACGCCGCGUAGAGAGCUAUUAAGAACACAUUCCAAGUCCAAUAAGUCAAAUACCCCGAGAAAAUCGAUAUCACCAAAACCUGAGAUUGAAUUCGAGGAAGGUGAUUACAUUGUGCCAAAAUCUGUACGUGAAGAGAGACGGAGAUCUAUCAACAUCCGAUGUAUUGAUGAAGAUAUAAAGACUUUUAAAAUACCGAGUGUAGCUGUUAUACAAGAGACAGAUGUUUAUGAUAACAUUUCAAUACAAGGUAGUACAACUUCUCGUAAUGGACUUGAUAUUCAUAAAAUUGAAUUAAAAGAUUCAGAACACAACUCUGAUGCACGCGCUCCUAGUCCAGUAAUAACUAUUACGGAUGUAGGAGUAAGUAAACGCAAAAAUUCGUUUAGCAAACCUAGAAAUAACUUAACGAUCAACAGUACAGAUAAAGCAAAAACGGGCUCUGGAUCUACAGCAAAUGAUAUUAAGAAACCUAGUUCUCCGGUUAUAAAAGUGACCAAUGUAGAUUCUAAUGAAAGUCCGCUAAAUAAGUCUUCAUUUUUGCAGCUGCCAACAGAGGAAGGUCAGAAUAGAUUGUGUACAGAAGAGCAAGUUAAUCAUAGUUAUUCUGGGCCCUCUAAAAUAAGGCCAAUGAGCGUCCCAGCCACUCAGGUUACAGAUUUCGGCGCAAUUCACAAGAAAAAUCGUCCUAAAACAGCCAUGGAACUAGCUUUAGAAACUCGUAAAAAAUCUGUUAUUGAUAUUCAACGUGCCUCUACUUUACUUAAGGAAGGUAAAACGAGGUCACCUUUCUCAAGCCAUGAAAAGGAACCGGAGGAUAAGAAAAAAACAAAGCCAUUUCGCUCUAUAAGGGAAGGUAUAAACUCUACAACUAACUACACCGAUGUUCUAGACAACACAUUGGGCGAUGAUCUUCACAAAGAAAUGAAGAAAGGUAUGAUACUUAGCGAAGUAGCCACUGGAUUAUAUCUUGAAGAAAAAAUUGACAACUUCUUAGAAAAGGUAGACGGUUACGUUAAGGAAAACCCAAAUUACGUAUAUGACCCAAAUGCGCCUAAGAUAAAGACAGUUCGGAGGAAAAAGUCUCCGAAGAAACCGAAACGAAACAAACUACGUCGUCGCAACCUAGAGAGACAACUGAUAGAGGUAGACAUCGAAGAAAUGAAGAAAAGUCGGUGGCUACGGACGGACGAUGAAAACUUAGAUUCAACGGGAAUUAACACGUUGGUGGUAGAUCAGAUGAGAAUGUUAAGUAAGCUUCGACACUCAUAUGACGAUUAUGAGUGGAAAAUGAGAAUGGUGGUAAUAAAAUAUCUUCAUAUUGAAGAAAAAGACGGAUAUCCAAAUCCAAGUUUCAGAUUCAAUUCCGGUAUCGUUAUUUGUCAAAGAUACCUACACAGUAAUAGACGUACUGUCGAGGAAACUCGAUUGCAAGUAUUCUUCGAUGAGGUGAUGCAUAUUAUCAUAGCUAAAAGUGCUGUACCACGGUUACAGUCCAGUCGAACAGAAGCAGAAAAGAAAAAUAUGGAUUUAAUUCUUAAAACACCAAGAUCAGCACGACGUUUUCGAACUCCAUCGGCAACGCCACGUACCCCUGAGGCAACGCCGCGUAGAGAGCUAUUAAGAACACAUUCCAAGUCCAAUAAGUCAAAUACCCCGAGAAAAUCGAUAUCACCAAAACCUGAGAUUGAAUUCGAGGAAGGUGAUUACAUUGUGCCAAAAUCUGUACGUGAAGAGAGACGGAGAUCUAUCAACAUCCGAUGCAUUGAUGAAGAUGUAAAGACUUUUAAAAUACCGAGUGUAGCUGUUAUACAAGAGACAGAUGUUUAUGAUAACAUUUCAAUACAAGGUAGUACAACUUCUCGUAAUGGACUCGAUAUUCAUAAAAUUGAAUUAAAAGAUUCAAAACAAAAAUCUGAUGCACGCGCUCCUAGUCCAGUAAUAACUUUUACGGAUGUAGGAGUAAGUAAACGCAAAAAUUCGUUUAGCAAACCUAGAAAUAACUUAACGAUCAACAGUACAGAUAAAGCAAAAACGGGCUCUGAAUCUACAGAAAAUGAUAUUAAGAAACCUAGUUCUCCGGUAAUCAAAGUGACCAAUGUAGAUUCUAAUGAAAGUCCGCUAAAUAAGUCUUCAUUUUUGCAGCUGCCAACAGAGGAAGGUCAGAAUAGAUUGAGUACAGAAGAGCUAGUUAAUCAUAGUUAUUCUGGGCCCUCUAAAAUAAGGCCAAUGAGCGCCCCAGCCACUCAGGUUACAGAUUUCGGCGCAAUUCACAAGAAAAAUCGUCCUAAAACAGCCAUGGAACUAGCUUUAGAAACUCGUAAAAAAUAUGUUAUUGAUAUUCAACGUGUCUCUACUUUACUUAAGGAAGGUAAAACGAGGUCACCUUUCUCAAGCCAUGAAAAAGAACCGGAGGAUAAGGAAAAAAUAAAGCCAUUUCGCUCUAUUAGGGAAGGUAUAAACUCUACAACUAACUACACCAAUAUUCUAGACAACACAUUUGGCGAUGAUCUUCACAAAGAAAUGAAGAAAGGUAUGAUACUUGGCGAAGUAGCCACUGGAUUAUAUCUUGAAGAAAAAAUUGACAACUUCUUAGAAAAGGUAGACGGUUACGUUAAGGAAAACCCAAAUUACGUAUAUGACCCAAAUGCGCCUAAGACAAAGACAGUUCCGAGGAAAAAGUCUCCAAAGAAAUCGAAACGAAACAAACUACAUCGUCGCAACCUAGAGAGACAACUGCAAGAGGUGGACAUCGAAAAAAUGAAGAAAAGUCGGUGGCUACGGAAGGACGAUGAAAACUUAGAUUCAACGGGAACUAACACGUUGGUGGUAGAUCAGAUAAGAAUGUUAAAUAAGCUUCGACACUCAUAUGACGAUUAGUACAGUGGAUAGUGAAAUCUGUGAUACAGAUAUAUAACGUUACAUCAUCAUAAGAUACGUUGUUGGCCAACGUGAUUCUUGUAUUGUAAUGUGGUGUGACUAUAAGAGAAAAAUACAUUAUCACACACCCGUGCCGAUUUUGCGACUCCGUAAAAAUGGUAUUGCACGGCCGUGCAUGUAUUUUGACGUGACGUCAUUAGCGUUAUACAAACAUAGUGUAAAGAGCGCUAAAUGUUAGCGUUAUACUAUAGGCACGUCAAUGAAAAAUGACUCGUACUUCACUUUAAACGGUCUUUAUUUUUGGUAUGUGAUAAAUAGACUAUUAAAUUCGUGUAAGUUCAUUACUGAAUUUAUUGCACUCGUUGAAUAAAAUAAUAUUAUGCUCGCCAGAGGCUCGCAUAAAUAGAGGAUAUUGAAUGAGUGUAAGUUCAAUACUGAAUUUAUUGCACGAGUUGAAUAAAAUUAUAUUAUGCGAGCCUAUGGCGAGCAUAAUAUUAUUAUAUUCAACGAGUGCAAUAAAUUCAGUUUUGAACUUACACGAAUUUAAUAUUCUAUUUAUCACAUACCCAAAAUUAAAACUGUUUAAAGUGAAAUAAGAGUCAUUUUUCAUUGACGCGCCUAUAGUGUAACGCUAACAUUAGCGCGUCUUUACACUAUGUUUGUAUAACGCUAAUGACGUCACGUCAAAAUAUAUGCACGGCCGUGCAAUACCAUAUUUACGGAGUCGCAAAAUCGGCACGGGUGUGUGAUAAA